CAUCGUGUAGAGCGUGUCUAUAGGCAUCUCUGCCUCUCCCCUCCCCCCUUUGACCGCCCUUCCUCUUCUCUCCCAGAACCAUAAAAAGAUCAAAUUUUUACGAUUCCGACCAGUGCCUUAGCUGCCAUUCUCACUUCUUCUUCUUCCUGUCGUUUCCUCCCCUUCUCUGAUUUCGAUCCUUCCUUCCCUCCGUCUCUUGUUGUUUGCAUCUGGUUCUACGCCAUUGGAAUUCGUACGUUCGAAUAUCACCGCGUUCUGAUCAGUCUCUUGCUCGAUUCUCGCCGAUUCCUUCGCAUCGAUUUGGCAAAAAUUUCAAUUUUUUGGCGUAAACUGAAAGCUGGUAGGCCAUGGAGGCCAAUGGUCACAGAAGAUCAGAGAGGAGAAAGGGACAUUUCGGGAGAGAAAAUGGCGAUAUCACGCUCGAGGAUGGUCUCGAUCCAUGGACUGCAUGGGCUUACAAACCUCGUACCAUCUCACUAUUACUUGUUGGAGCAUGUUUCCUGAUUUGGGCAAGUGGAGCUCUUGAUCCUGAGAGCACUACCUCUGAUGAUCUGGUCACAUCUGUGAAAAGAGGGGUGUGGGCUAUGAUUGCAGUCUUUCUCGCCUAUUGCUUGCUCCAGGCCCCAUCAUCUGUUCUAAUCCGGCCGCAUCCCGCAAUUUGGCGCUUAGUUCAUGGAAUGGCUGUUAUUUACCUGGUGGCGCUCACGUUUUUGCUCUUUCAGAAACGCGAUGACGCGAGGCAAUUUAUGAAGUUUCUCCACCAUGACCUUGGAAUCGAACUUCCCGAAAGAUCAUACGGUGCUGAUUGCCGUGUUUACUUGCCUGAUCAACCAUCAAACAGGUUUAAGAAUCUUUAUGACACCAUUUUUGACGAGUUUGUGUUGGCUCAUAUCUUUGGAUGGUGGGGAAAAGCUAUUCUGUUACGUAACCAGCCUCUUCUGUGGGUGCUUUCCAUUGGAUUUGAGUUAUUGGAGUUCACAUUUCGGCACAUGUUACCGAAUUUCAACGAGUGCUGGUGGGACAGCAUUGUUCUUGAUAUUUUGAUAUGCAAUUGGUUUGGUAUCUGGGCAGGAAUAACAUACGAGUGGGUCGGUAUAAGCCGACAGCCUAAUAUCAUUGGCAAAGUAAAACGGACGCUAGGACAGUUCACACCGGCACAUUGGGACAAAGACGAGUGGCAUCCAUUGCAGGGACCGUGGCGUUUUGUUCAAGUUCUCAGUCUCUGCAUUGUCUUUCUGACAGUGGAGCUUAACACAUUCUUCCUUAAGUUUUGCCUUUGGAUCCCCCCUCGGAACCCGGUGAUCAUCUACAGGUUGAUAUUAUGGUGGCUGAUUGCAAUACCGACGACACGGGAGUACAAUUCAUAUCUCCAAGACCGGAAACCUGUAAAAAAGGUUGGAUCUUUCUGCUGGCUGUCGCUGGCAAUAUGCAUAGUGGAGCUUCUCAUCUGCAUCAAAUUCGGACAUGGAUUGUACCCGAAGCAAAUGUCUGUAAGUUUGGCGAGCUUCUGGGCAUGUGCUGGAGUCGGACUUGUGGCAUUUUUGAUUGCUUGGUCGUGGAAAAUUCACACCACUCUCGACAGGAAGAGACGUUGAUUUCCUUUUUUUUUUUUUUUUAAAUUAUAAAAAACAAAACAAUCCUCUCCUUUUUUCCUACUUGUAGAUAGAGCAGAAGAUGAUUUGAACAUGUAAAUGCAUUUUUUUCUCUAGGGAUAGUGUUUUUUUUUUCCUUCACAUUUUCAUAUUUCAAGAGUUUUGAUCAAUUCUUUCAUGGUUUUAGGAAGACGGAGAAAGAGAUAAAAUUGCCAUUUUAUUGCUAUUUUGUCUCUUGUUUGAUUA